ACACCUUGUCCUUCGAAGCCUCUUGGAAAUUUCUAGGCUUCAUUACACUAGAGAAAUAUCCUAAGUAUGUUUGAUAUGCUGGUGACAAGUGUGAAUAAGAUAGAUGGCUGGAAAUGGAAUAUGCACAGUAUGCAGUGUGUUUGUGUCAUCACAUAAUCUCUAUACCAUAUGGGUGGUUUGAUACAUCUACCGGAUCUCCAUUGUUUUUCUUGUAUUAUUGGCACCUGUUUAUCAAUCUCUUCAUGUUGUUGUAAUAUUGGUUCUUGUAUAGGCUCAACAAUGUUGUUGACUUCUUGCAGCACUUCAUGGGGAUAUACUUCAUGAACAAGCUCACCUGCUUCUUGUAUAGGUUCUAUAUGUUCUACAUUCUUAGCAUGGUCAGUAUUCUCAGUACUGCUGAGAUCACUAGAGUUAUCAAAAUCAAGAGUGACACCAUCAGGGCAUGUAAUUGGUACUUGCACCAUAUCUUCAUGUAUAGGAACUGAUGAAGUUAUCACACCAUCACCAGUCAUUGGUUCAGAAGGAAUUAUGGAAAACAUGUCAUUUGUAGACUGUGGUCAUUUUGUUUGAAAGAAAAGCUGAAUUCCCUAAAGGUGACAUCUCUACUAACAAAGAGAACUUUAGUAUCAAGAUCAUAUAAUAUGUAUCCCUUCUAAGUUUCUGAAUAACCAAUUAACACAGCUUUUCUAUCCCUGGUGUCAGACUUGUCACCUUUAGGCAAUUUACUCCAAACACUUUCAAGUGAUCAAUGUUAGGUGGUUUCCCAAAUAACUUCUCAUAAGGACUUUUCUCUUCUAGGGUCAGUGUUGGAAGUUUAUUAAUCAAAUAUACAUCAGUUUUGACACAAUUGCCCUAAAAAUUGAUAGCAUUUUGAAACCUUAAGGCCCUAGCAACCUCUAGAAUAUGGCUAUGUUUCCUUUCUACAGUGCCAUUUUGUUGAGGAGUAUAAGGACAACUACUCUGGUGAAUAAUGCCAUUAUGAGAAAGAAAUUCUACACAUUUAGAGUUAAAGAACUAUGUGCCAUUAUCUGAUAUUAGUAUCUGGAUAGUACAACCAAAUUGAUUCUUUAUCAGACACAGAAAAUCUGUCAAUACAGUAAAAACUUCAUUUUUGAAAUGUAUGAGACAAAUCCAAGUAUAAUUGUUGUAAUCAUCCACUAAUGUGACAAAGUAUUAUUUAUUUUCAUAUGUAGCUUUCUUAUAAGGUCCCUAAAGAUCAACAUGUACAAGUUGGAAACAAGCUACUGUUUUAUUGUCACUAAGAGGAAACUUCGUCAUAUGAUGCUUUGCUAGUGGACAUAUUUCACAAUUAUCCUGAAUAUCAACUUCAAUAAUGGAAUGUGCUUAAUUGCACCUACUGAAGGAUGCCCUAUCUACACUUUGUUACCUUGUUGAUCAGAUAAGCUUCUAAGUGCAUUUAGAAGCUCUUUGCAAGGUGUUAUAUGGUGUGAUGCUCCCGAAUCUAUUAUUCAUUCAUAUGCAAUAACAUUGGAUAAUAGAGAAGUUAUACCUACCAUGUUUGACACAUAUUUUAUAGUUCCACAUUCAUCUAUCUUGUUCAGCGCCUCCUGAUAUUAUUGUGGAGUGACUAAGCCACCAGUUUUGUAUUGUGAACCACUGGAUUCUCUUGCACCUCCAUCAGUGGUAGUUGAGUUGGCAUAGGGCUUGAAUUCACCGGAUUGUCCACUCUUCUUCUUACUCUUGAAACUAGCAGGAUAUCCAACUAGUUUAUAACAAUCUCCAGUUCUGUGUCCUUUGUAUUCACAUUCUCCACAAGCUGGACCUGAAGGAACUGAUGUUGAUGGUCCUGCUUUCCUAUAUCUAUUCCCUUGAUUUCUUCCUACUACCAAAGUUAAACAUCUCUAUGUGCAUCUACUACACCGAGUGCUCUUUGACUUUCCUCUUUGUAGUUACAACAUAAGCCUCAUUUAUUGUGACAUCAGAACCUUUUGCCAAAAAAUUACUUCGUAUAUUGUUAUAGCUUUCAUUCAGUCCCAUAAAAAACUGUAUUAACCUCUGAGCUUUAACAUGAUCUGUAUAAUGCUUGGACUCAUCACAACAUGAUGGUAAAGGGACAAUCACAUCUAAUUCAUCCCAAAGUAUUUUCAUCUUAGAGUAAUAACUUGUGACUGAGUCAUUCCUUUGCUAUAGAUUUACUAUAUCUGUCUAGAUAUGAUAGAUCCUAGUAAGAUUAGAUCUAUCAAACCUUCCCCCAAAUUCAUCCCAAAUCUUCGUAGCAUUUGCAGCAUAGACAAUAUUAGGAAUCAAUUCAUUUGAAACUGUACUUCCUAUCCAUGACAACACAAUCGCAUUGCAUUUCUCUCAUAAUUCUUCUAAAUCUCCCUUGUAACUGCUUUUGACACAGGCUCGAGUCACAAAUACGAGUUUUCCUUUACCUCUUAGGGCAAGUUCCAGGAUCUACUCCACAAAGUGUAAUUCUCUGGACCUAUAACUGCUCCCGAUAGUCCCUCAACUCAAGUAAAAGCAUUUCAAAGCCGUUCAAAAAAGAAAACGACAGGAGUGAAGAAGCCAUGAGAAAAAUAUUAAAGAAAGCAUGCCAAAACAUUCUUAAAAAGGGACAGUAACUACAACAAAUAAUACGAUAAUCGAGUACAAGAACCAUUAAAUAGUAACAGAAAUCGAAUAACCAGAAAUUACAAGAGAAAUAGCACGAGUACUAAUACGCAAGGAUAAGCGAGAAAAUAUACUACACUACUGUCAAAUAUAUACUUCUAAAGAAAAUAUUGUUCAGAUGUUUGUAAGACUUAAAAUUAUAUACUGGAGCUCAAACAAUUUUGUUGGAAGUGUUUCUGCGAUCAUAUUUGAGCUACUGAAAUAUUAGCAGAAGUCGCCUUUUUCAUGCAUUCUGCAAGAAAUUUUAGGGUAAAGUGAAAUUUUUUGAAACAACAUAAACGGGGCAGAAAAAUCUUUUUAGAAAAUGCUAAACGGGCAAUGAAAGGCGUAUUAGAUCUCUAGCGGGUCAAGACUUUCCCUGCCCAUCCCACUCUGCCCCACACUGUUCUCUAUACAUCCCUACUUAUGGUGGAAAUUUGCUCUCAUCGUGGAAAAUUUCUUUUGCACCAUUUGUUACUCCUUUUAGAUGGCAUUCUCAUUUCUCAUUGUGGAAACUUGUGCAGUCAAGAGUCAACCGCAAAUGUGACAAUCGUCUAUAAAUCUGUAUUGUCAUUGUCACUGUUUAGGAAAAUCAGCAUAAAUCAUGACAAGAUACUAUCACCAUGAUAUUGUCAUCAUUUUCUUUCUAUGUUUUCCACUCCAUUCAAAUUCUCAAACUAUUGUAGAACAUGGUGAAAAGACCAUCUUGUUAGAGCUCAACCGUUCGUGGGGAAAUUUAUCAGAGUUCCUGAUGGGGAAUCUCAGUUCUUCCCCUUGCAGUUGGUCAGGCUUUUUUUGUUCUCGUGGUCCCCCUUGCAGGUGGUCAGGCAUUUUUUGUUCUCAUGGUUUUGUCACGGGUAUUAGGUUAUCGGGCAUAAAUCUUAGAGGAAAAAACACAGUCCCGCCGAUCAUUUGUGGGCUUAAACAGCUCAAAAGGAUUGAACUUGUAGAUAUCAACUUACGCGGAGAAUUUCCAAGAGCUCUAUACAACUGCUCAAAGCUGGAAAUUCUUGAUCUUUCUCGGAACCAAUUCCAUGGAACAUUGCCUAAUGACCUUCAUCGAAUGUCUAGCCUAACUCGCUUGGAUCUCACUGGAAACUUCUUCAGUGGCACAAUUCCAGCAGCUGUUGCUCAGCUUUCCAAAUUGCAGGUGCUGCUUCUAGGAAGGAAUAAUUUCCAAGACUCGAUACCCCCAGAGAUUGGAAAUCUUUCAAACCUUACGAUAUUGGAUUUAUCAUACAUGUCGGGAAGAUUUAGUACCAUUCCAAAGGAACUAGGUGAGCUGAAGUACUUGAAAAAACUUAUACUUGCGCGUUCAAAUUUGAUUGGAAACAUACCAGAAACCUUUUCUGGUCUUGCCAGUCUUGAAAAUCUGGAUCUUUCAAGAACUUAUCUCAAUGGAACAGUUCCAGCUUUUUUGUUUAGUUUAAAAAAUUUGACAUUUUUAGAUCUUCACCAUAAUCAACUUUCUGGCAGCUUACCAACGCCAGUUAACGAAUCAAAAUUGUCUAGAGUAGAUCUCUCUCGGAACUUUUUAUUUGGAAAAAUCCCACUACAACUUGAUGCAGACAAUUACUAUGACUUCUCUGGUAAUCGUGACCUCUGUACUUCUAAUCCACACCGUGCUCCAUCUCAAUUACCCAUGUGUAAUAAUCAGAAUCACGGUCACAAACACCGCAGAAUCAUGAUCAUACUCUUUCCAGUCGAAGUUGUAGUAAUUGUUCUACUUUUGCUUUUGUGCUAUACUAUGAAGCAAUCAAGGAUUCCCAUGAAUAGACAGUUUUGGAAGAAGCAAAAGAGUGAUGAUUAUCAGUUAAUUCGUUUUCAAAGAAGCUUAGACUUCACGGAAAGUGAUAUUUUGCAGAACUUAACUGAAGAGAAUUUGAUUGGGAGUGGAGGAUCAGGAAAAGUAUAUAGAGUUGGUGUCGAUCCAGAUGGGAGUUAUGUUGCUGUCAAAAGAAUAUGCAAUGAAAACCAAUUGGACCAGAGACUGGAGAAACAGUUUCUUGCAGAAGUUCAAAUAUUGGGUGGGAUUCGACACGCUAACAUCGUUAAGCUGAUUUGCUGCAUUUACAAUGAGAACUCAAAACUUCUGGUUUAUGAGUACAUGAAAAAUCAAAGCUUAGACAAAUGGUUACAUCACAAGAAAAGAAGUGCAUUAUCGGUCAGUCAAGUUCAAGACACUGUCUUGAGAUGGAAUAUUAGGCUGCGCAUAGCAAUUGGAGCAGCACUUGGUCUUUGUUAUAUGCACCAUGAUUGCUCCCCUCCUAUCAUUCAUCGAGACAUUAAAUCAAGUAAUAUCCUUCUUGAUGAUGAAUUGAAUCCCAAAAUUGCAGAUUUUGGACUGGCAAAAGUUGUAUCUCAGCGUGGAGAUCAUCACACUGAGACAGCUUCUGCAGUUGCUGGUACUUUUGGUUACAUUGCUCCAGGUACUUAUUGUCUUCUUAGCUCCAUGACCAAUUUUACUUCUUAUUUUCUUUGUUCAUGUUCUUAAGCUGAAAUUACCUCUAGCACUAUCUAAUUGUUUCUUUUACUACGCCGUCCUACAAUAUUUCUGCUAUUUCAGCUUAUUAUCACUGUUUAUUAUUACUAAUGCUUUUUAUAUCUCUCUUUGAGCCGGGGAUCUAUCGAAAACAGCCUCCCUGCCCGUCAAAAGGUAGGGAUAAGGUCUGCGUACAUUGUACCCUCACCAGACCCCACAUGGUGGGAUUAUACUGGGUAUGUUGUUGUUAUUGUUGUUCUUAAGCUGAAAUUACAUAUCUUUUGUCUGAAUUUCACUCAGAGUAUGCUUAUACAAGGAAGGUGAAUACGAAGAGCGAUGUCUAUAGCUUUGGUGUGGUGUUAUUGGAGCUAGCUACGGGGAAGGAACCCGUUAACAAAAAUGAACAUAUGAACCUAGCACAAUGGGCGUGGAAGCACUGUGAAGAAGGCAGACCCAUUGUUGAUGUUCUUGAUAACGAAAUCAUGGAACCAGCAGUCUUGAAAGCUAUGACUGCUGUCUUUAAAUUAGGACUAAUGUGUACUAACAGGUUAGCAUAUUCUAGGCCGUCCAGGACGGAAGUACUGCAAACUCUUCUACUCUUUGAUUAAUAGCUGCUUAUUCAAGAAAUGGAUAUGACGGUUACUCCUUGCUGAUCAAAUGUAGAUUUGCCUUUAAGAGAGGAUAAUAUUAAUGGAUUCUUCCAUUGAGUUUGAUUUUUAAAAAUUUAAAUAC